AGUGCUGGAACUCUUCGAAAAUGGUAUAUAACCGGCGCCAACCCAGUUUCAUUGUGCACUGUUGGCAGUAAUCCACAGUAAUCUGCAGGUGAUUUGGCCGUGAUUGAGAGUGUUGUGGAUCUCUGGCUAUAAAAUACCGGCACCGCAACGAGCUAAUUGCACCGGGAGUUUGUUACCAACUUCUUAAGAGAAGAAACGGGCUGUUGGUGGAACUUAACAGUGUUUUGGAAUUUCUGACGCGGAAAGAUGGCCUUGUUACCAUUCAUUGUGAAUGAAAUAUUGGAUCCUCUGAAUACUCCCCAGCGUCCUGCAGUUCGAUAUUGUCCUUACCUAUUGAAGCGCUCAAAUUCUAAUUCUGUUCAAAAUGGUUUAAACUCUCAGAACGAAGUUUUAAGCAUUCACAAUACCAAAGAUGGAUUCAAGGCUAACUUAGAUGUUCAGCAGUUUCAACCAGAAGAACUUUCAGUUCGAAUGGUUGAUGAUUAUGUUGUGGUUGAAGGAAAACAUGAGGAACGCAAAGAUGCCCAUGGGUUUGUAUCGAGACAAUUUCAGCGUCGUUACAAACUUCCUAAGGAUGUUGAUCCAGAUACUGUUACAUCAGCAUUGUCAACUGAUGGAGUACUUACAAUAUUUGGUCCAAAGAAGCAACCGGUCCCUCUGGCUGAUGUGAAUGAGCGAAUCGUGCCAGUGAUUCAAACUCAAGAACCAGCAAUUAAAAAGCAUUGAGAGUGAAUGAUACUUUUGUCAAAAGGAAUCUCACUUCUGCAGGUGAUGAAUGAACUUAACCAUAUGUGUAUCCAGACUGAUUUUUCUAUUAUUAUUGGGAUUUGGCCAUGCCCUUAUAAUAGUUAUUUUAUUUUUCCCAUGUACUGUACUGUCAUGUACUUCUCUGCACUUAUGUGCAAAAACCUUUUGUAUUACUUGCUAGUUCUGUAGGGAAAUGAAGACUGAAUAAAUGUGUAAUGGAACUAUUACGUACUUUCUUCUUAUUUAGUGGGUGUGUAAAUGGAAUGGCAACAAAAUAUUCAGUUUGAUUUGGAAAUUCAAUAUGGAAAUUUUAUCUUUACAGAAUAAGAAUGCAUGAAAUUGAUUUGUUUAAAAAACCUUGAGCAAAAUUUUCAAGUAUUUUUGAGAUAGAGAAUAUACUCAUAUACUGGGUCUUUUUUCUUUAAACUGAUUACCAAUAGCAAUAGUUUAUAUGAUUUUCUUACGAGUUUCUCGAAUAGAAUGAACUACGAUAGACAACUUACAAAGAACUUCGUAACUAUUCCCAAGGAAACUUAAAUAAAAUUUCAAAACUUACUCAGAUCUGAAAACUGGAAUGAAAUAUAAAGACAACUUACAGAAUGAUCAGUUUAAUUCAUUCAUGAAUAUAUAUUUUGGCAACGCACCAAGACUAGCAUAGCCUUCACAACACAGCUGUCUGUGCAAGCACUGCCAUCCCCAGCGUCGACUCUGGAGGGACUCAUCCUGUUGUCUCCGAAGCCGCCAGUUCCGUCACUCACUCCUCUGAAAUGUCGAAGACCUUUCAAUGCCAUUUUUCCUCAAAAACUGAA